UUGCGUCCCCUGGGUUGAUUGCGCACACCUGUUCAACUUCAGUGACAUGUGCAUAGGUUUAUUGACCCGAGGGAGUUCUCCAAGUUUUGACGGACUGAUUGACAAUGGAGACUCCUCUCCACUUGACUAUUGUUCUUAAUUACCCGACCUCUAUUUUACUACUCUUGAUCGGCGGCUUUUCUCUUGGAUCGUCCCCGACCACGUCAAAUCCAGCUGACGAGUUUGGCGAUUUUACUUUAUAUCAACAUGGCAAUAUCUUGUCACCCAUUCUGAAGGCGCUGACCGCACAGGGAGUACCAUGGCAAGACACGACCCCAAGAAUGAAACCUGAUUCGAGAUAUGUUCGAUACAUGAAAAGACUGUACAGGAUGUCUUCGAGACACGAGAGGAGUUUGGAAGGGAACAACCACCUUUAUAACACAGUUCGACUUAUAACCCCGCGGGGUGAGUGCCUGGAGCAAAGCAAAGAGUUCUUCAUGCAACACCUCUCCUACAAUCUGGACCGUGUCAGAGUCAAGGAGCAGCUCCUGAAGUCUGUCCUGCUGUUCUCCUUUGACCAAGAGCAGGCCUUGUCCAUGACUACCCAAUGUUACCUAGAUGUGAAAGAGCAGGCUGCCCAGGAUCAGUGUCUUCUCUGCCCCAGCACCCAUCACUCAGUCAACUUCCUGUUCCACACGGACCGCAGGAGGAAGUGGGUUGAGGUGGACAUCACGGCGUUCCUCCGACCUCUCAUCCAGUCCCACAAGAAGGACAUCCAUUUGCAAAUCAACCUGACGUGUGUGGAGGGCAGAGGCAGGGAGGCUGGAGGAGAGGAGAGGAGCGGUAGGGGCCCCGUGGAGCUCCACCUAAGGUCUCCGUCCUUGCUCCUGUACCUCAAUGACACCAGCGAGCUGGCACACCAAAGAUGGCUGCCCACCAGGUCACAAGGUCAUCCGAGGUCAGCCAAUGAGAUGGACACCUUUGAGAGCCUGGCGGAGUUCAAACCAGAGCGAAGGAUCAGCCGGAGCAAGAGGAGAAGACUGAGGAGAGAAUCUCCAGAUCUGUUGACGAACAACGCACGAGGCAAAACGAGCCCGAAGGCCAUCCUCCCGGACCUCCUCCCAAGUUCUGACUUCCCUACGAGCGACUGUGCCUUGUACGACUUCAGCGUGAGCUUCAGUGAGCUCAAACUGAGCCAUUGGAUCAUUUUCCCCCACAGGUACAACCCCAGGUACUGUAAAGGCACUUGUCCCAGGGCUGUGGGGUUCAUCUACGGCUCCCCCAGACACACCUUCUUCCAGAACAUGAUCUACCACAUACUGGACUCCUCCGUGCCACGGCCUUCCUGUGUUCCCUUGGAGUACAUCCCCCUGAGUGUUUUAACCCUUGAAGGUGACUCCAUUGCCUACAAGGAGUUAGAUGAAAUGAUCGCUACGAGGUGCACAUGUCGCUAAAGGCCCACCUCCAGGGUCAGGCUCAAUCCCAUUUGAACUUGGUGUAAAAACUGAACAAUCUCAACUGAAAUUCCAAUUGUUCUCUAUACUUUUCAAUGUAAAAAAAAAUCCUCUUGCUCAGGCUGAUCCUUUGCUCUGGAAAUUGACUGAAUUGAAAUGGAAUUCACCCCUACCUCACUGUUUUACCAGCCUCAACACUUUGACUGUUAACCUACUUUCUGCAUCAACUGCCGCUAGACUUAUUCCAUCCUCCUCAAGCGCUUGACUUUAGCAACUUUUGUGACUUUUUCACAAUCACCUAUUGUAACAUCUUGGUCUGGGGACUUCAUGUCAAGUCAUCAGUGUCUUUGUCAAAACAUCAGUGUGUGGAGUUACAUUUUUUUGGAUCUAGAACAGAUGCAUUUACUUGCUCCCAAAAAGUAUUUUUAUCAAAAUAGAAAAUAUGGCAUUGAUUUCCUUUGUUUACAUGUUUAUGUGAUAGGCAGGAAUGUUGUGAAGAUGACUUAUCCCUGCACUUACUGUCUGUUUGGUUGCUUUGUUUGUGUUUUUGCAUUGCGUUGACACAUGAGAACAUGGAUUGAUUUAAGUUAUUAUUUUUGUGAAUUUAUUUAGGGUGUUCUUUAGUCUCUUCUUUCACACUAACUGGUACAUUUGAGGUACAUCUGUUCUGGACAAAAUAUUUUAAAAAAAGUGGUCCUAUAUACUCGUAUCCAGCACUUUCACGUUUAAUUUUAUUCCUGGGGAUUAAAGACUGUUUCACGGACAACCUCUCUUUUCAUACGGUCCAGAAUGUAAGUUAUCUUUUAUAGACAACUUGAUUUUUGUGUGUAUUUAUUACCCUGGGUCAUGAAAUGACUGCAUACCUAAUAUAUUGACGAAUUUAACUGAAAUGCAAAUGAAAUGUACUGUACGGUCUUGUUCGGCUCACUGAUUAUCAUAAAAAAUAAUAAAUGAAUAAUUAGCUAAAUAUUUGCUUGAAAAAAAAUAAAGAGCAUGCACAGA